UGGUAUUAAUACGCAUGCCCCAAACAAAGAUCACGGAGAGCAAGAAAACAAGAGCGGAAUGAAAUAAAAGAUUUUAUAAAUUUCCAAUAUUUCCAUCUAGAAUCUAUAAAAAUGUCGUACGCAUAUUUAUUUAAAUAUAUUAUCAUUGGAGAUACAGGUGUUGGAAAAUCAUGUUUAUUGCUACAGUUUACAGACAAAAGAUUCCAACCAGUACAUGAUUUAACAAUUGGUGUUGAAUUUGGUGCACGCAUGAUCACAAUUGAUGGAAAGCAAAUAAAGUUGCAAAUAUGGGAUACAGCUGGUCAAGAAUCAUUCCGUAGCAUUACCAGAUCAUAUUACAGAGGAGCAGCUGGUGCUUUAUUGGUGUAUGACAUUACAAGGAGAGACACAUUUAAUCACUUGACCACAUGGCUUGAAGAUGCUCGUCAACAUUCCAGCUCAAAUAUGGUGAUUAUGUUAAUUGGAAACAAAAGUGAUUUGGAAGCAAGACGAGAAGUGAAGAAGGAGGAGGGUGAGGCCUUUGCAAGAGAACAUGGUUUGAUAUUUAUGGAGACUAGUGCUAAAACAGCUGCUAACGUCGAAGAAGCUUUUAUCGGAACGGCAAAAGAAAUAUACCAAAAGAUUCAGGAGGGAGUAUUUGACAUCAACAAUGAGGCUAAUGGUAUCAAACUUGGACCUCAACACUCAGCUUCCAGUCCUUCACCAAAUUUGAGUGGCGGUGGUGGCCAAACAGGCGGCGGUUGUUGCUAAAUACUAAAAAAUUGAUAGCUAAAUUAAAGUUAUUUGAAUUUUUUUGUCUCGGGAAUUGUAUAAUUGUAUUAUAUAUGAGAACAUAGUAAUAAUAUUACUGGCGACAAGUAAAUUUCAAUAUACCAAUGUGGUAGCAAGGUAUUUUAGUACAACUAAAAAUGGACGCUUGUUAGCUUAGUUGCUUGCUUACCAAACAAAACGUAUGAUUUCUUAUAAUUUUUUUAUUUAUUUAUUUGAUAUAGUGAAGUCAUUCUAAAAUCAGCGUGAAGAGUCUGUUGUUUAAAUACUAAGAAUUAUUUAAAAUUUUAAAAAAUACUUUGUGAUCUUUUAUUUUCGAUUUAUGUUCCAUCUGAGGCGGAGGGUAUUAAAUGUUGUAGUAACAUCACAUAUAGCAAAUUACACUUCUUAUUGUAUUUUUCUUUGUAAUAAUUAUCUAUUAUCAAAAAUUUGCAUGUUAUGGCA